AUGGCCGACCAGAGCCCUGACCAUAAGGUGGAGGAAGCCCUGAAGGGGGCAGAUAUCAAGCUGCUUCUGAUUGACUUCGACGGCACGCUCUUCGUGGAUAACAAGAUCAAAGUGCCGAGCGAAAACAUCGAAGCGAUCAAGGAAGCAAUCGAAAGAGGGUACAUGGUUAGCAUAUGUACAGGAAGAUCCAAAGUAGGAAUAUUAAGUGCAUUCGGUGAAGAAAAUUUAAAAAAAAUGAACUUCUAUGGUAUGCCUGGAGUGUACAUAAACGGAACCAUCGUCUAUGACCAGAUUGGCUACACUCUCCUCGAUGAGACGAUAGAGGCGGAUGUGUAUGCAGAGUUGAUUAAAUAUCUAGUGGAGAAUGAUCUAGUCAAUCAGACCAUUUUCCAUCGAGGAGAGUCAAAUUAUGUCACGGAGGAUAACAAAUAUGCCGACUUUUUGCAAAAAAUGUACAGCGAAAAUAGGAGUAUCAUAAUUAGGCAUAAUGAAAUGCUGAAAUAUCGAACCAUGAACAAAUUAAUGAUUGUCUUGGAUCCCUCGGAAUCGAAAAGUGUCAUAGAGAACCUGAAGAAGAAUUUCAAACAUAUGCUAACCAUUUUUACGACCUAUAAUGGUCACGUAGAAGUAACCAAAUUAGGUCAUGAUAAAUACACUGGGAUAAAAUACCUUUUAAAACACUACAACAUUUCUAAUGACCAGGUGUUAGUGGUGGGGGACGCUGAAAAUGACAUCGCUAUGCUCUCCAAUUUUAAGUACUCCUUUGCCGUUGCCAAUGCUACGGACUCGGCCAAAUUCCACGCCAAGUGUGUGCUCCCCAUUUCGCAUAAGGAAGGAGCCGUGGCCUAUUUGCUCAAGAAGGUCUUCGCUUUGAAGAAGUGA